UCAGAGUUUGAGAUCAGUGAAGAGAACAACGAUGCACAUCGACGAAUAGAAAGACAGGAAGUUGACAGAAUGCUGAUGAACCACACAAACCAAACGGAGGACGACCUCUUCUCCUGCUACAGUCCCUCCGUCGUGGGCUACCGGUACUUCGCUGUGCUGUGGGGAUGUGCUGUGACCAUCACUGGAACAGUCGGGAACCUGAUGACCAUUUUGGCCUUCGCCUUAGACCCACGUCUGAGGACUCGAUUCAAUGUGCUGAUCGUCAACCUGGCCGUAGCUGAUCUCCUUUACUGCACCAUACUGCAGCCUAUCUCUGUCGACUCCUACCUACACCUCAGAUGGCGCAGUGGUGAGCUCUGGUGCACCCUCUUCGGCCUGCUGCUCUUCCUCUCCAACUCUGUCUCCAUCAUCACCCUUUGCCUGGUGGCAGUGAGCAGAUAUCUCCUGGUUGCAAGGCGGACUGUGUUUGAUCGUGUCUUCUCUGACCGUGGUCUGAUGUUACUCCUGGCCUCGGCAUGGGCUCUCGGCCUGGCCAGCUUCGGCCCGCUCUGGUCUGUCUACGUGUUCGUGCCACAGGUGUGCACAUGCAGCUUCCAUCGUACCAGGGGUCGCCCCUACACCACCAUCCUGCUCUUUUUCUACUUUUUUUUUGGUCUGACCUGCGUCGGUGUAUUCUACCUACUCAUCUACAAACGUGUCCAGAUUGCCUCGCAGGCCCUGCUUCGCUACAGGCCCAGCCGCAGGUCGUCCAGGAGGAAACCAGCUUCCUCAGUGCAAGGGACUGAUGACAGUGGAGUAGAGAGUGGCAUGGCCAACACAUGUAGCUGUGAGAUAAGUAGCCAGGCAGAUCUGACACAAAGCAAUGUUACACCCGACAAAAUGGUCAACCAAUCUACCCAGAGCUCUGCCACAUCCUCAAAUCCAUCAGCAGUCAACAGACCUUCUGAUCUCACCCCUGCACCCACCUCCUCCACAGCUGCAGCAUCAACUUCCCCCUCAGCUUCUUCAGGAGAUGAUGGCGAAUUCAAGCGAGUGACCCGCAUGUGCUUCAUCGUUUUCCUGUGUUUCGUGUGCUGCUUCGUGCCCUUCAUGCUGCUCAACAUAGCCGACAAACAGAACCGCGCCCCACAGGUACUGCACAUGUUCUGCGCAAACCUCACGUGGCUCAACAGCUGCAUCAACCCCGUUCUUUAUGCCGUCAUGAACCGACAGUUUCGCCAGGCCUACCAUCUGCUGCUCACCAGGGCCGCUGUGCCCUUCACCAGCCUCUGGACCCGCUCACGGCCUCUGAGAUCCUGACCUCCUCUAACGUUAACCUGCCUGAUAAAAACCCAGGAUGAUAUCAUUCUAGUGGAAUACAAGACUUUUACUCGUCUGAAGAGUUGUGUGAAGUUGUGAGAUUUAUUUAGUAGAAAGAAUGAAUGAAAAGAGUAAGACAGGGUCUUAGUUUUCAUAUAAUGAACAAAAGUUUGAAUUUAGUUGUCAAGUUGCAAUGUCGCUGUCAGAAAUUGGUGCAACGAGCCUGGACAUGAUUUAGUUUCCAUGGUGUCUGUUACAAAAAAAAAAAAAUGACUGCUGUUACAAAAUCAGCACUGGAUAUCCCCGUCUAACACAACAUGCCUCAUUUCGAUAACACAGGAACUUAUGACUCUUACCAGUGACUCAUCUCUCAAUGAGUGUUAACAUGCUCCCAGUGUAUGACUCAUGGUGGCCAAGAGAGCUCAACGCACGGCAUGUUAAGGAAACACAUGCAAAUAGAAAAAAAUAAGUGCUAUUUCCAAAGUGAUAUUUUCUGAGUUCAGUAUUGCACCUUAAAAUUAGGUAAAUUUGUGAAUAGGACGUUGGUAGGCAAGUGCCUCCUACUUCAUGUUGGUGACGUAGACCUGCUCUACCUCAUCAGGCUGCAUAUUUGUUCAAAAGUGUGAGGUCUGGCCUGAGGGGGGCAGCAGGGGAAGGGGUAUGCUGUCCCCCACAUUAUGGUCAAUUUAAAAUAUCUCACACGGGAAGCAAAUGGAGUUCGACAUACCAACCAUAAACCAAAUCAGUCUAAUAAUCAGUCUUGGGUUAUGUAAUAUAUACUGAUAAAAAGUGAAUGCGACGGAUGUCGAGUUGCCAACUUGCAGAACAGAGCAACAUUCAAAGUUGUGUUUCUGGUCACAUGAUGAAAAAUAAUCAGUGCAUAUUUUUUGCAACUUGGCACGUGUGUUCAUAAACAAUUAAUGACAGAAUAUACAAACAUCCAUUUAU